AUGUUUUGGUUCUUCUUUCUCAUUGCUUUAAUCAAAGCAGAUUCAAUAGAACUUCAAUGUCCUCCUGCAACUGCAUCAAUACAACGUCUUCUUGAUGAAGCAUAUAUUCCAGGUGCUUCAGUUAUUGUUCUCAAUCGAGAUGAAAUUCUCUAUCAAAAAGGAAUUGGUUAUCAUUCUCCUCCAAUACCAGAACAACGUCAACCAAUGAAUGCCGUAUCGUCAAUUUUCGUGUUAGCAUCAAUUUCAAAAACAUUCAUUGCUGUUGCUGCUAUGCAAGUGGUUGAAUUAAAUCUUCUGAAUCUUGAUGAAGAUAUUAAUAAAUAUCUGCCACCUCGUAUGAAAAUUAUUCAUCCAUAUUAUCCAAAUGCUAUUAUUACUACGCGACAUUUACUUACACAUACAGCUGGUAUUGGAGUCAAUCUUGCAGAAGAAUAUAAAUUCUAUCUUCCUGGUGAUGAUUUUACAAAAACAAAUCUUGGUGAUAUCAUUGAAAAAUAUCUAAGUUAUAAUAAUAGUUGGUUACCUGUACCACCUGGUCAUAAUAUAACAUCUUAUUCAAAUAUAGGAGCAAGUUUAGCUGCAUUUAUUGUUGAACGUGUAGCUAAUAUGUCAUUUGAAGAAUAUGUUCAAGAAAAAAUAUUAAAAGUAUUGGGUAUUGAUAAAAAGGAUGCCGGUUAUCGAUUAAGUAAUUUUCAAGAUAAAAAAUAA